GUACUCUGCCUUGUUUUAAACGUCUCAGCAGUAAUCGUACAAACGAUGUGAGGGAAAGACAGCAGACACAGCCACCUUCUGGUGAAAUUUUAUCAUUGUCGGGCUGACCUUAGAUGUCGCGGACUGGGGCAAGAAGUAGUAACUUAACGAAGGAUUUUGAGUAACUGUCGUGUUGUUUACGAACUAGCCAGUCGUGUGGCUAACUGGCUUAACACAUUCAUGGGAACCGAGGAGCGAGAUUGGGUGGAAGUAGCCAAUAAUCUCCUCUAUAAGUGCCACGUAAAUUUGAAACUCCAAAGACUGACGGACUGUGACGCCAAUGUUUUCGUCGCGCUGUAUGAAGCCAUCUUGAGCGACAAAGUUCCAGAUUACAUAGCUGUCCCAAGAAGCCAAGAAGAUGACAUCCACAACGUGCAGUCGGUAAUCGACUCGCUGGCCUUGGACUACCUCCACAUCAGCCUAUCCCACAUCACUGGUGAGAACGUUGUUCGAGGAGACGGGGAAUCGGUGCGGAACUUGCUGGAAAUCUUUGACGGGCUGCUGGAGUACCUGACAGAGCAGCUGAGCGAAGAUGAGGAACUGCAAAAUGGAGCAGCGCGGCAGCCCAAUGGAGAGCUCCACAGGAAGGGUCCUCAGGCAGCGCGGGCAGGGGAGCGAGAGCACGAGGACAUGUCCCAGGCCUCCAGUGCACAGUCGGUCGUCCAGUCCAGCAAGCACUCGCUCCACUCUUGGAACGGGGAUGAGUCGGAGUCCACCGCCGAACUCAUCCGUCUAGGAGACUCGGCCCGCACGUUCACCAAGAAGGAAGUAGUGCCUCCUGCACCCAGUGCCCCCUCUCAGGGUCCAGAUGCCCCCUCCGGUGCCCAGGCCGGCACUGCGGGCGCUCUCGUCACCAGCGCCGGUGGCAGCGGCAGCGUCGUCCCGGGCACGCAGGCCACCUUACUCCGGGAGCCGCUGCGCUCGGCCAUCCCACUCCAGCCACCCUUCCAGACCACCCCGCAGAGGGCCGCCGCCGCCGCCGUCCCCCGGGCCCCAUCACUCUCCCCGCGCUCCGCCACCCUCUCUCCGCCCAGCGGCUCGGCCAGCCUGAAGGGGCCGGAGCGGCGGCAGCCGGAGCCGGAGCCAGGUGUGGCUACCGGUCUACAGAAUGGUCAUUCUCUGAGGCCCACCAGUGACUGUCUGCGCUCUGGUCACCUCCUGUCCCCGUCAUCACCCCACUCUCCUGUGACCAGUGAGAGGUCUUCGUCCAGUCAGAGGAAAGCCAAUGGAGAGAGCAGACACCAGCCAGAGAGGACUGCAACGACGGGGCCCAGGCGAGUGCUCUUCCGCACGCAGCCCGAGGUGCUGCUGAUGUCCCUGCGCGAGGAGCUGGAGGGAGGCGCCCUACACAACGGCCACCCCGAGGAGCUGCGUGUCAACGGGGAGACGCAGGAGGAGGAGCUCCUGCAGCUGAGCUCCAGCUCAUCGUCCAGCCGGAGGAGGGAGCACGGCAGGGGGACCAGGGACCGAGGCCUGCCCAGGAGUGAGCAUGCGAGCGUGUCGGAGGCCGGCAGGUCCCCCGGCCAGAAGGAGCCGCUGUCCAGCCGCAGCCGGCGCAACAGGAAGGCGGAGCAGGAGCUGCAUGACAUGUCGGAGAAGCUGUCGCGGCGGCUGGAGGAGCUGGACCAGAUGCUGAAGCGUGCACUGGGCGAGAGUGGCGAGGAGGACCAGCAGUCCCACCACAGCGACAGCGUCAUGGAGCGCAGGAGGCCGGCCAGAGACGCAGACGUGCCCCUGACUAACGGGGUGACGCGCUCCCUCUCGCCCUCCCCUCCGCCCCUCACGCGCCGCCCGCUGCACACCCAGCUGGACGAGGCCACCGCCACCACCGCCGGACACGACUCUGCACACCACAUGGCCCGCACCCGCCGGAGGGAGCUCCGCCAGCUACACAGCCAGAGACGACGGGGACAGAUGGUGGGCACAGCCUACGAGGAGGAGCUGAAGAGGUACGCAGACGAGGAGCGGGCGGACAUGGCCAAGGAGAGAUUACUAAUCCAAGAAACGGAGCAGGAGUACAGGGAGGCUCUGAGGAAAGAGACGCCUCGCAGCCCCAAGUCAGCGGAGGCCGGCAGCCCCAAGACCUCCGGAUCGCCAAGCUCGUCUCGCACCAAACACGCAUCGUCCGGCCUCAAGCAGGCACAGCUUCGCAAAGCCACACCCAUGAAGCUGAAGGAGAAUGACCUGCUGCCCACCCUGCUGGAGGAGUUCCCUGGUCUGCAGGUGUCCCCUCACACCCUGGGCCACAUGUGGAAGCAGCAGCUGCGGCAGGUGGACCACCUCAACGCUUCCGAGAACCAGCGCAGCCACUUCAAACUGGCCAACCAGGUGGAGGAUGCAAAGAAGAGGCAUGACAUGCUAGUGGAGAUCAUUCGCAAAGAGCAGGAACACAACCGCCGACUGAAGGACCAGAGGGAGCGCGUGCAGCAGCAGAAGUCGACGCAGAACAAGCUCCGCGAGCAGCGGCAGCAGAUCGCCCGCGCCAAGAAGUACUACGGAGACUACCACCUGCAGCUGCGCUCGCGCCUGGCCCGGGCACGCACGCGUGAGGAGAGGCUCUUUAAGCAGAUCUUCCAGGAGGGCGUUGAGCUGCAGAAGGCUCGGCUGAGGGAAGAGCGCGCCUACGCCAAGGAGCAGCGGCAGGAGCACCAGCGCCGACAUCGCACUGAGCUGGAGGCCAUGGAGAACUACUACAAGGACCAGAUGUCGUUGCUGGCUGAAACCCUCGCUCAAGAACGGCAGGAUAUCCAGGUGCGCAAGAAGGCCCAGGAGAAGGCCCUGCACAAGCUGAAGAGGGAGCUACGCAACAAGAUGGAGCGCGAGAUCGGCGAGCUGCAGCGCAUCAUCAUCCAGAACGACGAGGACGACUACUUCCGCGACCUGGAGGCGGAGCGACUGCGCAGCCGCCUGCAGAUGGCCUCCUUCCAGUACAACACCAGCUGCCUGCACUGACCUCAGAUCAGAUCAGCUGAUCAGGACUGAUCAGAGCAAGACUCCGGCUCCUCACGGUUGAUUGUAAUGCAUUGGACCUUGGGAUGUGUGUGUAUGGGUGUGUGUGGACGGUGUUGUCACUGGAUCUGCAUGGUACAGAUAGGAUGGUGGGCCUUGGGUGUAUUAAGGCUGAAGCAGGCUCCACACACUCGUACGCACGCACACACACACCCUUUCCCUCAUACACACGUCUGCUGCUAACUCUGCUAACGCCACCUUUUCCUUGACUCUUCCAACAGUUGUCCAGCAUUAACUGAAACCUUUUUAUUUUAUUUAUUGUGCUGUUGUUUUUAAGAACAAUUGUGAUCUUUUAAAAGAAAAAAAGGAUUAGUCUGCAUUUUGUACCGGUGUUGUCUUGUGUGGUGGGGAUGAUUUAGCGUGCAUGUGAACCUGUCUUCCUCAGGACACCGGAACACUGAGCGAUGCAACACGAAUAAUGUGUCACUAAAACAAAUAAUUAUUUAAUUUUAUUCAUGCCUUUAAAAAAAACAGACAAAAAAAACAAAACGAUAUGCUGGAUUGUUUUUCUCUCGUGUCUUGAACACUGUUGAAUUAUUCUGUAAUGAAUGAAUGAUUUGAAUGAACGGAUUUUAUUUAUGAAA